AUGGUUUCUGAGAUCAAGGUGCUCCAGAUUGGCCUUUCUUCCUCUCCUCAUCCUCGUUGUUUUUAUCAUCGUCUUUGUUUUUGUUUUUUUAUUUAUUUUCCUUUUUUUUUAUUUUCGAGUACUUCUUCUUCUUCUUCUUCUUCUUCUUCUUCUUCUUCUUCUUCUUCUUCUUCUUCUUCUUCUUCUUCUUCUUCUUCUUCUUCUUCUUCUUCUUCUUCUUCUUCUUCUUCUUCUUCUUCUUCUUCUUCUUCUUCUUCUUCUUCUUCUUCUUCUUCUUCUUCUUCUUCUUCUUCUUCUUCUUCUUCUUCUUCUUCUUCUUCCUCCUCCUCCUCCUCCUCCUCCUCCUCCUCCUCCUCCUCCUCCUCCUCCUCCUCCUCCUCCUCCUCAGAGAGAGAGAGAGAGAGAGAGAGAGAGAGAGAGAGAGAGAGAGAGAGAGAGAGUAGAAACGAAAAAGAAAAAGAAAAUAAACGCAGCAGAACCAGCAACAGCAGCAGCAGCAGCACCAGCAGCACCAGCAGCAGCAGCAGUAGUAGCAGCAGCAGCAGCAGCAGCAGCAGCAGCAGCAGCAGCAGCAGCAGCAGCAGCAGCAGCAGUAGCAGCAGCAGCAGCAGCAGCAGCAGCAGCAGCAGCAGCAGCAGUAGUAGUAUUAGUAGUAGCCGUAGUAGUAGUAGUAGUAGUAGUAGUAGUAAUUCCUCCUCCUCCUCCUCCUCCUCCUCCUCCUCCUCCUCCUCCUCCUCCUCCUCCUCCUCCUCCUCCUCCUCCUCCUCCUCCUCCUCCUCCUGCUUCUCCUCCUCCUCCUGCUCCUCCUCCUCCUGCACGGUAUAA